UGAACCGGUCAUUAAACCGGGAUUAACCACAAAUCUGCGUUUACUGUACCGCGGUUGCGAUUUACCCGACUAAACACCCAUUACCCGUUAAGAAAACGACGUCGUUUUCAUUUUGAUAAAUCUCAAAUCGGGUUUACGAAUUGUCAUUGUUAAUUCUCAAAUUAGGGUUCGUGAGAGAAAAAGAGAAAAGGGGAUUUGGGGAUUUUGGGAUUUCUGGGUUCUCGAAUCUUAAAUCUGGGUGGGAAUUAGGGUUUCGAAUAGCCAGGGGAUAAAACUUUCGAUUUAAUUUUGAUUCAAUUUCGAUUCAAUGAAGAAUUGGUGGGAUGAAGGGUUGGUUUAUCAAAGCGAUCCAGAUGACCCCGAUUUCGAUCCUCUAGACAGUGCUCUCGAUGCCGACGGUGGAAGCGAUAGCAGUGGAAGCGAUAGCAGUGAAAGCGGAGUUGAGGGCGAUUGUGAGAGUGACAGAGAGAAUGAUGACAAAGAGAAUGAUGGAGACGACGACAGAGCCGAUGGAGAAGAUGACAGAGCCGAUGACGGAGCUGAAAGCAGUAAGAAGAGGAAGAGGGGAAAAGAGAAGAAGGAUGUGCCUGAAGAAGAUUUGUCCGAGAGGUUUGAGUUCGAGAUAGAGGAAGCAAUAGCUAGUUGGUUUGAUGAGUUUCAGAUUCGAAGGAAUCAAAUUCCAGAAGAUGAAAAUGAAGAUGAAGAUCAUGUGAUCACUAGAGAUAGAAAAAUUAGGUUAGCUUCGGAUGAUAAGUUAGCUAUAGACAGAACAUUCUUCAAUGGUUUUGAGUUUAAAGAGACGGUGUUGCAUUAUGCAAUGAAGCAUAGGAUAAAUGCUAAACAUAGUAGGUGGAUGUUGUCUUUGGAACAAUCUUCAUCCUCUUUUGUCUAUUUUAGAUGUUGCCUCUUUCGGAAGUUGAUGCUCUUUAGGAUGUUAUUGUUUUGGAUGAUGACUGAUCGAUUCUUAUGUAAUCUUUAGGAGUCUCUUAUCUUACCUAUUCUUAUGUUUCAAUUUGUCAUUUUCCUUACCAAACAGAUUCACAUUACAAAACAAAGAUAAAACAGAUUCACUACAAACAAAGACAAAACAGAUUC